AGAGCCACCAAAAACUAAAAAAAUAAAUUAAAAACACCUUUUGUUUAAUUUUCUCCCCCCUCUCUCUAUAUAGAUAUUCGAACAGAACUUUUUUGCUUCUACUCUCUUUCCUUCUAGGGUUUAAAAUUUUCCCCCAAAUUCCCAACUGAAACAUCGUAGCAGGGUUUAGCAUCUUCCAAUCCACACAAGCAGCAGCCAUGGCGCGUAACGAAGAGAAAGCUCAAUCAAUGUUAAACAGAUUCAUCACAAUGAAAGAAGAAGAAAAAAAGAAACCCAAAGAACGCCGUCCCUAUUUAGCCUCAGAAUGUCGCGAUUUAGCCGAAGCGGACAAAUGGCGGCAACAAAUAAUGCGCGAAAUCGGCCGUAAAGUAGCCGAGAUACAAAACGAAGGACUCGGAGAACAUAGGUUGAGAGAUUUGAAUGAUGAGAUUAAUAAGUUGAUUAGAGAGAAAGUGCAUUGGGAAAGGAGGAUUAUUGAACUUGGUGGUCCGAAUUACACGAAGCACUCGGCGAAGAUGACAGAUUUGGAUGGGAAUAUUGUUGAUGUACCGAAUCCUGGUGGACGUGGUCCUGGGUAUAGGUAUUUUGGUGCUGCAAAGAAGUUGCCUGGUGUUAGGGAGUUGUUUGAGAAGCCGCCUGAAUUGCGGAAACGGAGAACCAGGUAUGAUAUAUACAAGAGGAUUGAUGCCAGCUACUACGGGUACAGAGAUGAUGAGGACGGAAUAUUGGAAAAGUUGGAGGGUCCAGCUGAGGAGAAGAUGCGGGCUGCAGCUGUGAGAGAAUGGAUGGAGAUGGAAGAGAUAAAGAGGGAAGCCAAGAAGGCGGUGAAGAGUGGGGAGGUAGUAGCGGUUGGUUUGGGAUCAAAGAUAUUGUUCGAGGAGGAAGAGGAUGUGAUAGAGGAGGAGAGAAUGGAAAGGGAGAGGGAAGAGCAGGACAGAGAAAAAGAAUUUGUGGUACAUGUACCAUUGCCAGACGAGAAGGAGAUCGAGAGGAUGGUGGUGGAACGGAAGAAGAUGGAACUUAUAAGCAAAUAUGCUAGUGAGGAUUUAAUGGAAGAGCAAAUGGAAGCCAAGACCAUGCUUAACAUUCAAAGACCAAGAGGCUCGGAUUCGUGCUGUAGUUCCUUAGCUUUCUACAGAAAACAUCUCUCCCAUUUCGCAACGAACUAUCAUUUGCAUUUCAAAUCAGCUAUGACAUUGAUUAUCCAGUUGCAGAACAAUGCGAUGAAGUGCAUCGAAUGUGGUUUUAAUCAAUUAACUGUUCUGCGUUGUGAAUCCUCUGUAAAUUUCAUUUAUUAUCCAGUUGCAGAACAAUGCGAUGAAGUGCAUCGAAUGUGGUUUUAAUCAAUUAACUGUUCUGCGUUGUGAAUCCUCUGUAAAUUUCAUUCGACUUGUGCUCAUUUUGUUCCAAUCAAUGCUGGACAACAAACAGAAUCUGCGUCAUCUAUUUCUUCUCUCAGUCAGCAUCAAAGUGAUUAACUGCUACUUGUUAUGUUGUAA